CGGGCCCCCGGCUGGCACUCGCAACCUGAGCCGGCUCCCGAGGCAGCGCGAAGCCACUGGCAGCUGAGUCCCGAGCAGCUUGUGAAUCCAGAGGAGCAGAAUGACCUCGGCAGCGCGGGAGAUCCUGGGCCUGGGGCUAUGCGUCCUGGGCUGGGUGGGGGUCAUCCUGGUCUGCGGCUUGCCCAUGUGGCAGGUGUCCGCCUUCACCGACGGCCACAUCGUGGUGGCGCAGACCACCUGGGAGGGGCUGUGGAUGAACUGCGCGGUGCAGAGCACCGGGCAGAUGCAGUGCAAAGUCUACGACUCCAUCCUGGCGCUGGAUCCCCACAUGCAGACGGGCCGGGCGCUCACCGUCCUGGUGACCCUGCUGGGGCUGGUGGCGCUGAUGGUGACCGUGGUGGGGUCCCAGUGCACCACCUGCGUCCGAGCCGGCAAGACCAAGUCCUGGAUCGUGAUGACCGGCGGGGUCCUCUACAUCCUCUGCGGGGUGCUGGUCCUCAUCCCCGUCUCCUGGUUCGCCAAUAUCAUCAUCAGCGGCUUCUACGACCCCAAAGUGCCCAACUCCAUGAAGCGGGAGAUGGGGGCCGCCCUCUACAUCGGCUGGGCGGCCACGGCUCUGCUGCUCCUCGGGGGCAGCCUGAUUUGCUGCUCCUGCUCCUGCCCCGGCGAGGGCGAGAACGCCUUCCCCGUCAAAUACUCGGCCUCCACCCGGCGGCCCACCUCCAACGGGGAGUACGACAAGAAGAACUACGUCUGAGGGGCCAGGGACGGAGCCGGGCUGCAGCUCCCAGCCGGACCCUGCCCUGGGCCCGGCUCCCUCGCCGGAGAUGCUUGAAAUGACUCGCGCGGACUCUGGGGAGGCGAGCUCCGAACUGGACUGUGCGCUGGUACCGCUCAGUGGCACAAGACCAGCCCGGCUGCGCGCCUGGAGCUCGCCCCUGUUUGAGCCUUGCAAACGUUAAACAGAAAGGACCACCGGCGUGAAUUCGGUCUCUCUUCCCCACUCUUCUGUCUCCCCCGGGAUGAGCGGUAAAUCAGCCGGGCAGCCAAUGGCUGGCACUGCUUCGCCUUAACUGGAAGGGGGUUGUUUGCUUUGAGAUGUAUGCUAUGUAACAUGCAAGCGAGUUAACCUAUUACUGCAGGAAUAUGAACCACAGAGCAGGUGCUCAGGGCUUUUUUUUUUUUUAAACUACUUUGUGACUAAUUACAAACCCGCACCUGCUUAUUUAAUUUGAUUAUUAUUACUGCUGCCCCCCAAAUGACCUACCGGAUUGUUUAUGUAUCAUUAGAGAAUAAGAUAAAGUCUGCGUUCUCCAUCCGAUUGUGGAGAAAUGAGAACUCUCUUAAAACAAAGCCUCUUAAGCAGCGAAUUCAUCUCCCUAGCUGGGGAAUCAUCCUUCCCUUAAUGUCUUUUUUAUAAUUUAAAAAAGUUUUAUUGUGCUGUUGUAAUGUGCUGCCUUGCCGCUGUACAGAUCCGAGUGAACACAUGGCUAAUGAAAUUAACUAAACUCUGCGGGGCAUCGGUCUAAGCAGUUAGGACGAUUCUGGUACAAGAUUUUACAGAACUAUUUCAGAACUCAACACUCCUUGUUUGUUAACCCUGUUUUUAUAAUAAAAAACAAACGAGAUUGUCUAUA